AUGUGCUACCACACCUAUCACCACUACUGCAUUUGCGGCCAUAUCUGUAACUGGACUGUCGAUAGCUGCCAGGAAUUCACCAAUAAAAUGCUCCUCGCAACUUCAACCCAAAGCUGUUCCUGUCCAGAGAUUCAGAUAGCUCACGAUUUGGCAGAUCCCACACAGUCCUACAUGUGCGUGCAGUGCGAAUACGAAUGGACCAGAAACAUAUCCCCCGACAACCAGCAGGCUGGAACAUACGAGGCUAUUUCUGGUAUCGAGGGCCUAGACGUUGCUGGACCUCUGGUUACAAUUGAAGCUCGGCUGGUGAGCAAGAUCCCAUUGGAUAUUUUCGAAAAUGCACCAUCGGGUGAUCUUAACACGGCUUUCAGCGCUGACAAUGAGGAUCAGAGCGAUGCAUUUUUAGAACCUUUCUACGACCUCGUUGAUACCUUUCAAUCCAGCCGGGUGCGCAGGACUGACACUCUUUCUAGUCGCGAAUCUGGCUGCUCGACAUCACCACUGUUGCAUGAGAGCCGCGCAGAGACAUAUUCCAGCUCUUUGGACUUGCCGCCUGAUCUUGUCGAUUCUUUCGUCUCAUCUUUGUCUACUUCUGACUACUUUACUUCCAGCUAUGAUAGCUCCGACUAUGACAUUUCAAGUGAGGGCAGUACUGACGAAUCACCGGAUAAUGUUGAAGAGGAACAGACCUGGCGAUAUGCCCUGAUGGAGGCUGGUAUCAUCAAGCCUCCUACUACCACUGACAGCCGCAUCCGCAGUCUGGAUGAUCCAACAGACGAUAUACAUGCCGAGCGACCCAACACCCCGGAAACCGAUUAUGAAAGUGACUGCAGUUUUGCUGAUGCCCUUUCAUAUAUCGCCUCAGAGGAGGAUGAUGAUUAUACCGAGACAGCGUUUGAAGAAGAGUAUAAUCCCACCUACGAGUGGAUUGCUAACCUGGAGCGCACCUCAGCACGCAUUGAAGCAACAGUCACGAAAAGAAUCGAAGAAGACUACGAAAGGUACCGCCGACAAGCCAUAAUCUCAAGUCUUCUCGACAAGGCAUCAUUCUUCAAAGACCAGAUUGACAAGCGCGACCAAAACACCGAACUAGGCAUCGAAGAAGAUUCCCAUCUCUGGGAUACGGAGUCCAUGCUCGAAGCCCCAGUCACCAGCAGCAGCCCUCCAGCACUCAGGCCCAGGCCCAUCUGUCUCUCCAAUAACAAGGAGAAUACAAGCCCAAUUGCCAGAAGUCCCUGCAUGCAUGUAUUCGAUGGCAUAUUCUCCGCAAACUCCGACCAAGAAGCCGAGGAACAGGGUCUAUUUGCUUUCGCUCCAGUCGCCAACAUGCCCGGUGAGUACGAAGGCUUCAUGGAAGGCCACUCGGCAGCAGAUGCACAGGAACAGGGUCUCCAAUUCCCGCAACAUGCUCGUGGCUGCUGCGACAAAGUUCCUGCCCCAUGGCAUCUGUACUACGGCGCUGUAUACGCCGCCUCCAAGGACGCAGUGAAGAAAAGGGGCAUUGAGGAAGUCCAACCUGCGCUCGAUCAGCUUGGAAAGUACUACGGUGUUAUGAAGGCAGAUUCCAAAAAACAUGCUAUCGAAAUGGGUAUGAUGGAUCCGCAGCAUGCACGCGGAUGUUGCAUCGAGGCCUUCUUCUCCAUCCCACCGCGUACAAGACAUGUCUACUGCGGUGCUAUGGAUGCGGUUAGCAAGGUGGACGCUGAGAAUAUGGGGAUGCAGCAAGCGCAACGGAUGCCUGAUAGACUUGAUGAGUACUAUGGGUUUGUUGAGGCGUUCUCUUUGGAGGAAGCGGUGGAUAUGGGGCUUAGGGAUGGCCAGCAUGCGAAGGGAUGCUGUGCACUUGGUUGGUCUGCUGCUCCGGAGAGGAGUCAGUAUCUGUACUAUGGGUACAUGUUUGGGCCUUCGGAGGAGGCGGUUGUGCAGAAUGGAUUAAGGGAUCCGCUUCGCAUUCCUGGCUCCAGGGAUAAGUAUUCUGGGGUUGUUUCUGCUUUAUCGGCUGAGGAUGCGCGCCAAAUGGGUAUGUUUGAGCCGUUGCGGGUUAUGUGGGAUUCGGACGUUGUUUUGGCGUCGGAUUUUGAGGAGUGA